AAUCUCAUGGACGAUGCUCUGGGUGAAGAGUUUGAUGAAAAGAUCAGCCAGCAAGUGAUCACAUCAGAAGCUGACAAUGAUAAUGCACCUCAUCCAAGUAAGCGGCUACGCCAGAUUAAAGUCGGAGGGGAAAUAUUGGAAUUCCUGGAAGAGGAAGGAACUUUGGUGAACGUGCCCCCGGCCUCCAGUCCGCAUCUGGUUAAGCGGGGAAGACAAAAAGGCAAGCAGACGACAGAAAGUCACUCGCUGGACAUCAUGAGAACCAAACUUCGAAGAGAAAGACAGCUUCUAGAAAAGGAGCUUGGAGGCCUGGACAGAGAACAAGCCCUUCUAGAGCGGGAAAGGGCCCUUGCCGAUCGGGAAAGAGCAGCGCUUCAGCGGGACAGAGCCCAGGUAGAGAAGGACAAAGCUGCGGUUAACAGAGACAAGGCGUCUUUGGAACAGGACAGAGCCCGACUGCAGAAAGACAGAGAAGUUUUGGCUAGGGACAGAGCGGCCCUUGAAAGAGACAGAAGGUCGGCGCAUAUCACUAAUCACGUGAAAAGCAGUUUAGGAUGCAAUGGGCUGGACUGUCCUCACGAAAAAAACAGAGAAAGAUUAAUAUUCUUACUUGAAAAGGUGAUUGAAAAAAUUUAAAGCAGGUCUGAGAUGGGGGCAAACCUCAGGGAAAAACUGCGAUGAGUUAUUGGGAUUAUCUGAACAAUCCUUGGGUUGUUGACUGAAGAUACAUUAUGUACACAGUCUAGAAUGGAUUCCACAUACAUUGACAGGGUGCACAAGCUAAAUAUUUUUGAGAUUUUUUUAUUGAUUUGUAAAUGUUGAAAGAAACAUGGAGUGUGAUGAUGGUUUAUUUCUGAAACAAUGUAAAAUAACAGUGUCUGGAGGUAAAGUAUACCAUACGUGCCACACAAUUAAUGUCAAAAGAAGAUUUAUGGUCCACCUUGUUGUCAUUCAGAAACUUCAAAUUUAGCUGAAAAGUAUAAAAAGCUGUUUAAUGACAGGUCUAUUGUAGAGACAACUGACCCCAUAUAGAGUCACAAAAAGUAAUGUGUAUUCAACAAACAGUAUCUUUUUUCUAGUUAUUAAUCUUGCUUCUUUUUUGCAGUCAAGAAUUUAUGGUUUGUGUCUAUUCAAGUUUUAGGUUUGUGGCUUUCACAAAUAAACCUGCACUGAAAA